GCGCACCGUUUCUGACAUUCCCACUCUGUCCCUGGUACCAUGGUGUCAACGGAGGAGGACGGCUCGGUUGAAGAGAAGGAAAACAACAACAAGAAGAGGACGAAAAGUGCCAUCGCUGUCGCAUGGCUUACAUUUUACAACAUCGCCAUGACGGCCGGGUGGCUGGUUUUGGCUAUGGCAAUGAUGCGCUUCUACCUCCAGAAAGGCACACACAAGGGUCUGUACAAAAGUAUAGCAAGGACACUCAAGUUUUUCCAGACCAUUGCAUUAAUUGAGGUGGUGCAUUGUGCAAUCGGAAUCGUGAGGACCUCUGUAAUUGUGACCGGUGUUCAAGUAUGUUCACGAAUCUUCAUGGUGUGGUUCAUCACCAACAGCAUCAAACAGAUCCAGAACGAAGAAAGUGUAAUCCUCUUCUUGUUCGUCUGGACGUUUACAGAGAUUACCAGAUAUUCCUUCUAUACAUUCAAUCUGCUCAACCACCUGCCAUACUUCAUCAAAUGGGCCAGAUACAAUAUGUUCAUCAUCAUGUACCCUCUCGGAGUGGCCGGAGAACUCCUGACCAUUUACACUGCUCUGCCUUAUGUUCGCAAAACCGGAAUGUUCUCCAUGAGGCUCCCCAACAAGUAUAACAUCUCCUUUGACUACUACUACUUCCUCACCAUCGUCAUGCUCUCCUAUAUCCCAUUGUUCCCUCAGCUCUACUUCCACAUGCUCCGUCAGAGGAGAAAGGUUCUUCUUGGGGAAAUCAUAGUGGAGAAGGACGAGUAGAGCUGCCUCACAGUCCAGCACCUGGCUUUCGUUUUGGGACAGCGAGUCAGCACAGCUCCCCUGCCGCCACAUCCAUUCGCCUUUGGUACCACGCCCCACCGCACUCCACACUGCAACGCAAUGGACCCGGGAGAGUCAGACCACUACCAACAUCACAGGAAUAGCCAUGUAAUAAUCACGGAAACAGGAAACAGUCACCACAAUAAUCCAACUGGACUAAAUACAGUGCUACAAGAGAAAUCAUAACACAACAGGAAUAACCGUCAUCAGAAUCAUCACUGAUCAGUCAUCACUAAACUGUCAACAAUCAACGAGAGGAAUCAUUGCAGAACCGGAAUAGUCAUCAUUGUGGAAAAAAUGAAUAAAUAUAAUCUCUAGCCGGAAUAAUCAUUAUCAUCGCAAAACUGGAACAUAAUGCUGCGCAUGCAUCCUUGUGCGUUCCACUGUGUCUUCGCUGUCCAGGUGUAGAUAUCUAGAUCCUCAGAAAGAGAACGCACUGAGUCCACCAGCCAGCGUGGCCACAACAUGCUGCACUGAACCCUUCUACACCUGCUACACAACAAUACUGGAAGGCGCCUGCUGUGCAUUGAGUCAACCACACAGCAGAUACAUACUGCACCCACCAUCAGUGCAAGAUAGAGGGAGUUCAAGGGAAUCAGGAAAGGGUGAUAUGGAACGAUGGAGGAGGAAAGAUGAUAGUUGUGUUCCUUGAGCAGUUUUUUUUCUUCAAUUGGCUAUUUAUUUUUUACGAAUUUUUAAGCGUUUUCCACCACAGUGAUUUUAUACGUAAAUAGCAUGUGGCAACAAUGACUAGACAGAAGCUAAAAAAAUAGAAAAAGUUAUGCGUAAACGUAUUAUACCUCGACAAUAAACAUUUGGGCAAUAUGCUGCUUCCUUGGUGUAUGUGUGUUGUACUUUCUUUGUAAACAAUGUGAAACAGCACCAUUAGUAGGCUAUUUUAUGCACAGAUCGGAUCAUUUGAAGAAUGACUUAAUUUAUUCACAUAUCACAUGGUUGGAAAUAUUAUAUGGUUUGUAAGGCAGGUAUACACUUGUAUUGAAUGUUAUUAGUACUUUAGGUGUAGCUGAGACUGCUCAAAUUUGUAAACCUUUUUUGCUAAUGUUCUCUCCCUGUUGCUUUAAUGUUUACCAAGAGCUCAGUCAAGUGUGCAUCUUAAACAAGGUAAAACAAUUUAAGAAAAGUGCUUGUUUUUUAAAGUUCAAGCCAACUUAGAAGACAGAAGAUAAGAGAUACAAAAAGUCUGUGCUCUCACAGUAUUCAGUUAGUCACUGUUUUGUUCUUUAUGUUUAAAAAUCUGUGUUCAGGAUCCAUUGUCCUGGUUGGUAUUGUACUGGUAGUUAGUGUUAGAAUCCCUCUACUAAAAGGUGCUACUGUGUCAGAUCGUUUCAAACUUCUGUGCAGCUGAAGGAGAGACUGGAAUUGGGUUCGAGAUAGGAACGGAAAACAGAAUAUGAAAUGUUUUUGGGAAAACAUUUACGACUUGAAGUGUUCAUCUAAUUGUAUGCACUGUGAUAUCUAGCCCCAUGCUACAGUGUACUGAAUGAAUUGACAUAAUUAUAUGAAUCAAGGCUAGACAAGAAAGAAAGAAACAAUAAAACUCAAUGUCAAACAUCA